CGGCCGAUUCAGGAACCUCAGCAGUGGCUAAUGACUCUUGGCCACCGUUCUUCUUUCGUCUUCUUCAUUUUGUGAAGCAUUUGAUUUUGUUGCUCCUCAAUCUAUACAGCAGCUUCAUCCGCGACCGAUACAUACAUCACCACUUUCCUGAAGCCCCUUCAACGAACAACCGGCUUCGAAAACAGUACCCCACCAUGGAGACUGUUCUGCCGCUGCCAUUCUUGGUCAGCGUCGCUGUCCCCCCAGGACUUGCUAAUCUUGACGGUCUCACUCGUGAAGAGGUGUCCGUUCUCGCUUGUCCCUUCAUUGAAGCCCAGCCCCAGAUUCUAGAGAAGCUUGGCCGCUUCUUUGGCCGCCAUAACUACGAGUUCCAAGCGCACUUGGACGUCACCAGCUUCGAAUCCACCGACGACGUUAUUUCCCUCCUCGACCGUGGCGCACGAAGAGUAUUUGUCAAACCUGAACAACUUUCUGAGUAUACAGAGCUUGGUGUUCGUGUCUUACCUGCUGUUUCUCAGCUGGAUCUAUCCGCUGCCUCAGAGCACGGCUUACUGGUGAAGGAGAUCGAUCUUAAGGCUGCUGGUAUUGAUAAGUUUGCGGAAGAUGCACAGGCCAAAAAGAUACAAAAUCUUUACUUGAAGGCUGUUGAUGGUACUUCAUUAGAGGAAUUUAUCACUUUUGCUCAGAAGUGUGGCGGAAUCCCUAUCUUGCCAUCCACUGGUCUCACCACUGACAAGGCCGACUCGUCUAAGCUACUUCUCUCCCAGGCCAUUUCCAAGAACUGGAAAUCCGAUCGACCCGAUGGCCUGCUGCCGACAGUUGUAACAGAUGAAAGUGGUAUUGCCAUGGGCUUGGCCUACUCUAGCGCAGAAAGCAUUCUCGAAGCGCUUCGAACCCAAACUGGAGUCUACCAGAGCCGCAAGCGUGGCCUUUGGGUCAAGGGUGCCACCUCUGGAGAUACACAAGAGCUCAUUCGUAUCGCUCUUGAUUGCGAUAACGAUACACUCAAGUUUGUCGUUCGUCAAAAUGGUCGCUUCUGCCACUUGGAGCAGCCUGGUUGCUUCGGUGGACUUGGUGGCAUUGCCGCCCUCGAACAGACUCUCAUCUCCCGCAAGCAAUCUGCACCAGAGGGCUCCUACACCGCCAGACUUUUCUCUGACGAGAAGCUGUUACGUGCUAAGAUUAUGGAGGAAGCCGAAGAGCUAUGCGACGCCAAGACCAAGGAUGAAAUCGCUUUUGAGGCUGCAGACUUGAUCUACUUUGCUCUCACUAGAGCUGUCGGUGCUGGAGUCACUCUGGCUGAUAUUGAGGCUAACCUCGACGCCAAAGCCUUUAAGGUCAAGAGACGUACUGGUGAUGCCAAGGGCAAGUGGGCUGAAAAGGAAGGCAUCAAGCCUACUACCCCCGCGCCUGCGGUGGCCCAGCAGCCUGCUGCGGACCAGACAAAGAACGAAGAGCGUAUCUUGAUGCAAAGAAUCGACGCCACGGCCAUUUCCGAAGAAGAACUUUCUAAACAGCUCCAACGCCCCUCGCAAAAGUCAUCUGACGCUAUCCUUAAGAUUGUUCUCCCCAUCGUCGACGAAGUUCGCAAAGGUGGUGACAAGGCCCUCCUCUCUUACACCCACAAGUUUGAAAAGGCUACUUCUUUGACGUCGCCGGUUCUCAAGGCGCCAUUCCCCAAGGAGCUGAUGGAUCUUUCUGAGGAAACCAUCCGUGCCAUCGACACCUCCUUCAACAACAUCAAGACCUUCCAUGCUGCUCAGCGUGAGGAGAAGCCCCUCUCAGUUGAGACCAUGCCUGGUGUCGUCUGCGGUCGCUUCACCCGUCCUAUUGAACGUGUCGGUCUCUAUGUCCCCGGUGGCACUGCUGUCCUCCCUAGCACCGCUCUCAUGCUUGGUGUUCCUGCUAUGGUUGCCGGCUGCGAAAAGAUUGUUCUGGCUUCACCUCCCCGCGCCGAUGGCAGUAUCUCUCCUGAAAUUGUGUAUGCUGCUCACAAGGUUGGCGCUGAAAGCAUUGUGCUUGCUGGAGGCGCCCAGGCCGUAGCCGCUAUGGCUUACGGUACUGAGAGCGUCACCAAGGUUGAUAAGAUUCUUGGCCCCGGUAACCAAUUUGUUACUGCUGCCAAGAUGCAUGUCAGCAACGACACAAACGCCGGUGUUAGCAUUGAUAUGCCCGCUGGGCCUUCUGAGGUUCUCGUCAUUGCCGACGAAGACUCCAACCCUGCCUUUGUUGCGUCUGACUUGCUUUCUCAGGCCGAGCACGGUGUUGACAGUCAGGUGAUUCUCCUGGCUGUUGGCCUGACUGAGGAGAAGCUCCAGGCAAUUGAGACUCAGGUUCACGAGCAGGCCCUUCGCUUGCCCCGUGUAGACAUUGUCCGUGGCUGCAUCAAGCACUCCGUCACUGUGCAAGUCAAGUCGCUCGACGACGCCAUGCGCAUCAGCAACGAAUACGCCCCUGAACACUUGAUCCUUCAGAUUAAGGAUGCCGACAAGGUUGUGGACAAGGUCAUGAACGCUGGCAGCGUCUUCAUUGGCGAGUGGACUCCCGAAAGUGUUGGCGACUACUCUGCUGGUGUCAACCAUUCGCUUCCUACCUACGGCUUUGCCAAGCAAUACUCUGGUGUUAACCUCGGCUCGUUUGUCAAGCACAUUACCUGCUCGAACCUUACCAGCGAUGGCCUCCGCAAUGUAGGCUCCGCCGUUAUGCAGCUGGCAAAGGUAGAACAGCUCGAAGCUCACAGACGUGCUGUCGAGAUCCGUCUCAACUACCUGGAUAUGAAGUGAUGGGUUCGAAUGAAUAAUAAAAAGUCUUGUUAAUGGCGUUCUUUUUGAUGGAUUAAACUGCACACUCACAGGCAAACCCCGCUAUCGGGUUUACCUGCCAUAUACUUUAUUUUGAUUGAAUACAUCUACAUACAACCACUCAUAGCAGCAACCGUGUUGACAUGUCAUUUGUAACAAGUUAUUGAUGAUUGCAGUCUAUUUCUAGAUAAUAUACAGGCUCUGCCCAACUCCCAACAAAAUAUAAUGGUUCAAACCAGGGUUUGGUACUAUGCUUCAUGCUAUGCCUCGCAGGAUGUAAAGUAAUCAAAAUUGCAACAAGAAAAGAAAACGAACACAAACUAGAAACCACCCCAUGCGCUGUCCGCGUUCCGAGGAGCCAUAACGCCUUGAACCCAUAACCAUUUAAGAGGACUUGCGCUCCAUAGACAGGUUGCCAAUACCCGUAAUUAGUUCGGCAUUGACGUCCUCGGAAGCAUUGGCCAUGGUUGAGAGCUUGGCGGUCAUCUUGGCUGCGAUUUCCUCCGCCUCGCCUCGCUCGUCAUAUUCGUCAUCAUCUUCGCCUUCAUCCUCAUCCUCUAGGUCUCCAUCCACGUCUUCGUCAGCAUCGUCCUCGAAGCUAUUGGCCAUGGAAUCCGUCAUGCGGUUGUGUCCUUCGUCCAUGGAUCCGUGCGAGAUAUAGCUGUCACCUAGACGCUCGUUGUUUUCAUCGUCGUCUUCCUCGUCAUCGGUGUAUUCGCUUCCGUCGUCGGCAAUGGGCUCGUCGUCGUCUUCGUCUUCGCUGGCGGAAAAUUCGUCCAGCUCGAGGGGCUCGUCUCUCCAGUACUUGAAAUCAGUGUAGUCUUCGCCACCACCCUUCACCAGCGUAGCUACAGAAGGGAAGUAGUGGUCUACUACUUCAUUGAUAUGGACGUAGCUCAUCUUGAGCUUGUUAAGACUGAGAAGAUCGAGUGAGACUUCGGAGUUGGAGUUGAUUGUGAAAAUGCGGUUUCUCGGCACGUCAACUGUGCGGUAGGAAAUCUGAUCCGUCAAACGGUUGCCGAAACCAGCGUAGAAUGGGCCGUUAUCGGCAGGAUACAAAUUGGCAAUGUCACGAAGAGUAGCCAUCUUGAAAACGUGGGGCUUUCGCAGGUACACUUCGCGACGGAGCGCCGCCAUUGUCCGGUCAGGGGAGAGAAUGGUUGGCCCAUGAGGCAUUCUGCAGCCCUCUUGAACGAUGCCGUUGAGAUAAGCGCGGGUUGUAUCAGCCUGGCCGACGGAUCUACUGGUCAGAUACAUGAUGUUGUAUCCAUUGAGAGCAAUAUCGCUGUAAAGCUUGGCAAUGCCAGGGUGAGUCCAAUCUCUGCCAAUAAUGUUCAGCACAUGGCCAAGGGCAUCGGAUUUCGUCACGGUUCCAUCAAUAUCGGAGAUGACCACUGGUGUAUCAUGCUUCCACAGAUACAUGUUGGCGGUACAGGUAGCUCGGUUUACCGAGAAGCUCAUGCUGUUCUCUCCGGGUUUCAACUCUAGGCUCUUGAGCUGGUCGCUAGUAAGACGAAGUGACUUGGCAUAGUUUCUUGCUGGCGCUCCUGUAGUCAAUGAAUCAGUUGGAGUUCUCGGCGGCGUCUGUAAGCCAGGUGGCCCAGCAUCAGACUCUGAUCGACGAUGUGUGGGGAUUCGAGCCGAGUUUGUUACGUCGCUGCCAUCGCUCUGGUAGCCAGGAUCGGACACAGCAUCAGCAGCAACGUUGCGGCGAUGAGAUUGCAAGGAUGACUCGAUGGUCUUGUCCAUGGCUUCCUUCUUGGCCCUCUCACUGCUGUAAAUCCAGAGGUUGCCUUCCUCGUCGAAACCGAACAGCGCACCAAUGUCGUAAUUGCCAUCAAGUUCUUCUGAUAGAAUCUUGCGCGCUUGUAAUUCUGCAUUGAGCAUCUCUUCUUCGCUGCUACGGAAGCCAGACAUGUCAAGCAUGAUGUCGCCCGUUUCUGUAACCUGGCUAGGGAUGUUGACAGCCGAAAGUCCCUUGGAGAGUGCGAUGGCGCGGUCCAUAGCCUCCUUGGGAGCAAGAGGAGGGGGGCUCUGUGAGCGCUCAGAGUUUUCGUCGUAAAAGUCUUCUCCGAGUGGUUCACUAGCACGGGCUGUCGAUCUCAAAACGUCGUCACUGCGUGGCCGCGCCAGCGCCGCUGACCAGUCACCCGAGGCUGGGCGUACAGGGACUAGAUUUGAUGAUUCCGAGAGAGGCGUAAUGAUACCUGCAAAGUAUAUACAGUGAGAAAUUGUCAGACAGGUUUGGACAUAGUAUUACAUACCGUCGUCAUUAUGCUCAGUGCCGAUGUCAAGGUCAAGCAGAUCCGGGUCGAGCUGGGAAGUAGAACCAGUGGGGGAGAGCGGCGGGCUGCUGGCUGGGGAAACCAGCGGAGAGGUCUGCAUAGACUCUGGAAUAGUCUCUGAUGUCUGGAAGACAAAAAACGCCUCACCACCCUCGGCCAGCUUCAUUGCAUACGACUGCUUUACGCCGUUGACCUGAAACUCGACCUUUUUCUCGUAGGGUCGUAGCAGCGAGAACUUGCCGAAGCGAACAUGGAAGGGAGAGCAGGCAAGGCUGCCAUCCGCAUGUUCUACGACAAUGACAUCAAUAGCACCGGACAAGGUGGAGGGGUUGAUUGAGUUCCAUGCCGUGGAAACGGAAUCACUGAUGUUGCGCACGUACUGCAUGGUGCAGCGCGGGGUGCUUGCAGAAGCAGCAAGCGACUUGAGCAGCGGGGUAGAAUGUAGAAGCUUGUUUUUAUGUCACAAUUGAGUUAUGGGUGCUAGAAGCAGGCAAAUGUGUGACGAACUCGAGCGCAGCCAGCCGUUGGAGCGCUGGUAGCUGUUUGCUGGUUUAGGUGGGAGACGGUGUUUGUUGGGGAGCUCGGGCGAUGACCGUUUGCGACAGUGGACGCGACAGGUGACGAGGAGGAGGAGUAGUAGGAGAAGUUAACAGUGUACGUUUUGUCGUGAACGUAAGGGAAAGUCUAUUCGGGGGGUGGAAAGAGAGAUGGCAGGAAAAGGAAAGCAGGUGAAGAGACCGAGAGAGUUGAGACGGAGGCGAGGGUUAGGUUUCGUGACGAUUGCCCGUCUAUUUUUUUUCCGUGGCCGGAAACAAGAAAGCGUCACUGGGCGUCAGACAAGAAGCACAUGAUGAGCCUGCUUGGCAGAGC